CGGCGGCGGUUUGGCCGGGCGUCCGCGGGCCGUGGGGGAUGGGAGCGGCGAGCUCCAGCCCUCGGCGGCGGCGGCGGAGGCGGCGGCGGCGGCCGUGAAUGUCGGGCGGGCAUCCGCGUCCGGGACGCGGGAUGGAGCGCCGCGGAGUUCCGUUUUUUUGACUGUUAUAUGAAAGGAUGAUUGCUCACAAACAGAAAAAGACAAAGAAAAAACGUGUCUUGUCAACAGGCCAGCUCUCUACUGAUGUUACAACUUCUGAAAUGGGGCUCAAGUCCAUAAAUUCCAACUCCAUUUUGGAUCCUGAUUACAUCAAGGAGUUGGUGAAUGAUAUCAGGAAGUUCUCCCAUGUGUUACUAUAUUUGAAAGAAGCUAUUCUUUCAGAAUUAUUACAACAAUCACAUGAGAUCUUCAGGAAAACAGACUGUUUUAAAGAAGUCAUUCAUAUACGUCUGGACGAACUUCUUCGUGUUUUAAAGUCUGUAAUGAAUAAACAUCAGAACCUCAAUUCUGUUGACCUUCAAAAUGCUGCAGAAAUGCUUGCUGCAAAAGUGAAAGCUGUGAACUUCACAGAAGUAAAUGAAGAAAACAAAAAUGAUCUCUUCAGAGAAGUGUUUUCUUCCAUUGAAACCUUGGCCUUUACCUUUGGAAAUAUCCUGACAAACUUCCUCAUGGGAGAUGUAGGCAAUGAUUCAUUAUUGCGACUGCCUGUUUCCCGGGAAAGUAAGUCUUUUGAAAAUGUUUCUGUGGAAUCAGUGGACUCAUCCAGUGAAAAAGGAAGUUUUUCUCCUAUAGAAUUAGACAGCAUGCUGUUAAAGAACACUAACUCUAUAGAAUUGGCUUUGUCAUAUGCUAAAACAUGGUUAAAAUAUACCAAGAACAUAGUUUCAUGGGUUGAAAAGAAGCUGAGCUUGGAAUUGGAGUCCACUAGAAAUAUUGUCAAGUUGGCAGAGGCAACUAGAACUAACAUUGGACUACAGGAGUUUAUGCCACUGCAGUCUUUAUUUACCAAUGCUCUUCUUAAUGAUAUAGAGAGCAGUCACCUUUUACAACAAACAAUUGCAGCUCUCCAAGCCAACAAAUUUGUGCAGCCUCUACUUGGGAGGAAAAAUGAAAUGGAAAAACAAAGGAAAGAAAUAAAAGAACUUUGGAAACAGGAACAAAAUAAAAUGCUUGAAACAGAGACUGCUCUUAAAAAGGCAAAAUUGUUGUGCAUGCAACGUCAAGAUGAAUAUGAAAAAGCAAAAUCUUCCAUGUUUCGUGCAGAAGAGGAGCAUCUGUGCUCAAGUGGUGGAUUAGUAAAAAAUCUCAACAGGCAGCUAGAAAAAAAGCGAAGACUGGAAGAAGAGGCUCUUCAAAAAGUAGAAGAAGCAAAUGAACUCUACAAAGUUUGUGUGACAAAUGUUGAAGAAAGACGAAAUGAUCUAGAAAAUACCAAAAGAGAAAUUUUAACACAACUCCGGAAACUCGUUUUCCAGUGUGAUCUUACCCUUAAAGCUGUAACGGUUAACCUCUUCCAGAUGCAACACCUGCAGGCUGCCUCCCUCGCGAACAAUUUACAGUCUCUCUGUGAUGGUGCCAAACUCUAUGACCCAGGCCAGGAGUACAGUGAGUUUGUCAGGGCCACGAAUUCAGCUGAGGAAGAAAAAGUUGAUGGGAAUGUAAAUAAACAGUUAACAAAUACCCCUCACACUCCUGGAUAUGGACCUUCCGACUCUUUAGAAGAUGUUGUGCGCCUUCCUGACAACUCUAAUAAGAUUGAAGAGGACAGAUGCUCUAACAGUGCAGACAUAUCAGGUCCUUCUUUUAUAAGGUCAUGGACAUUUGGGAUGUUUAGUGAUUCUGAGAGCACUGGAGGAAGCAGUGAAUCUAGAUCUCUGGAUUCUGAAUCUAUAAGUCCAGGAGACUUUCACCGAAAACUUCCACGAACUCCAUCCAGUGGAACCAUGUCUUCUGCAGAUGAUCUGGAUGAAAGAGAGCCACCUUCCCCUUCAGAAGCUGGACCCAAUUCCCUCGGAACAUUUAAGAAAACUUUGAUGUCAAAGGCAGCUCUCACUCACAAGUUUCGCAAACUGAGAUCCCCCACAAAGUGCAGGGACUGUGAAGGCAUUGUGGUAUUCCAGGGUGUUGAAUGCGAAGAGUGUCUCCUUGUUUGUCACCGAAAGUGUUUGGAAAAUUUAGUCAUCAUCUGUGGUCAUCAGAAACUUCUGGGGAAAAUACACUUAUUUGGAGCAGAAUUCACACAAGUUGCAAAAAAGGAACCAGAUGGCAUCCCUUUUGUACUCAAAAUAUGUGCCUCAGAGAUUGAAAAUAGAGCCUUGUGUCUACAGGGAAUUUAUCGUGUAUGUGGAAACAAAAUAAAAACUGAAAAACUGUGUCAGGCAUUGGAAAAUGGAAUGCACUUGGUAGACAUUUCAGAAUUUAGUUCACAUGACAUCUGUGAUGUCUUGAAAUUAUACCUUCGACAGCUACCAGAACCAUUUAUUUUAUUCCGAUUGUACAAGGAAUUUAUAGACCUUGCAAUAGAGAUCCAACAUGUAAAUGAAGAACAAGAAAUGAAAAAGGAUAAUCCUGAGGACAAAAAAUGUCCAAGUACGUGCAUAGAAAUAAACCGAAUUCUUCUAAAAAGCAAGGAUCUUCUAAGACAAUUGCCAGCAUCAAAUUUUAACAGCCUUCAUUACCUCAUAGUUCAUCUUAAGCGAGUCGUAGAUCAUGCAGAAGAAAACAAAAUGAACUCCAGAAACUUGGGGGUGAUAUUUGGACCAAGUCUCAUUAGGCCAAGACCCACAGCUGCUCCUAUCACCAUCUCCUCUCUUGCUGACUAUUCAAAUCAAGCGAGGUUGGUGGAGUUCCUCAUUACCUACUCACAGAAGAUCUUCGAUGGGUCCCUACAGCCACAAGAUAUAGCUGUGUGUAGUGCAGGUGGUGGAGCACCUCAGGUUGACCAAGGCUAUCUUCCGAAGCCUCUGUUAUCACCAGAAGAAAGAGAUCCAGAACAUUCUACGAAGUCACUGUUUUUCUCUUCAAAGGAAGAUAUCCAUACUGCAGAUAGUGAAAGCAAAAGUUUUGAAUCCACUGCAUCAUUUGAGGAAUCAGAACGGAAGCAAAAUGCAUUCGAAAAAUGUGAUGCAUGUCUCAUUGACAACAAAGUGCGUUUGCUUGUAGACCAAGAGCUUGAAUCAGCAUCACAAAAGAUGGAAGAUGUUUGUAAAACCUCCAAGCUGCCUACUCUGAAGUCCGAUAGGGAAAUAAAUGGUGUCGAGAGGCAUACUCCAAGGACCAAGAUUAGACCUGUAAGUUUGCCUGUAGACAGACUACUACUUCUUGCAAGCUCUCCUAAUGAGAGAACUGGCAGAAAUAUGGGGAAUGUAAAUUCAGACAAGUUUUGCAAGAAUCCUACCUUUGAAGGAGUUAAUAGAAAAGACACCCCAACUAUUGUUUGUUCCAAAUUUGAUGGCUUUGAUCAGCAACCUCUACAGAAAACUCGGGAGAAACGGUAUGAACAAAAUGACCUGACUGCAAAGACUGCAGUGAUUGUGCCCAGUGCAUUCCAGGAAAGAGAAGUGUCAGUGAGCAUCAGGAGUGGUGGGGACCACCCAGUCAGCACCACCAGUAAGCCAUACACAGAACCCAUCAGGUCAGCCAGACAGGUGUCAGAGAGACGGUCUUCUGACUCCUGCCCUCCUGCUCCUGUCAGAGCACCCAGAACACUGCAGCCCCAGCACUGGACCACGUUUUAUAAACCACCUGCUCCUGCUGCUAGUGGGAGAGGGGAUGAGGAGAAAUCUGUGACAUCCUCCGCAGCUGUGCCCCCUUGCACAACUCACGCUCCCCAGGAGCACGCGCUGAAAUCAGUUCCAGGUUCUGAAAAUGCAUCAACUGGUCCCGUGCAGCUGGUUAGCAAGCCUAAAGAGAAGGCUGAAGAGCGUGACUUACCUGGUGUACAUCCAGCAUGUCAGAGACCGAGGCUAAAACGAAUGCAGCAGUUUGAAGACCUUGAAGAUGAAAUCCCACAGUUUGUGUAGGGUUGUCAGAAUUCAGUUUUUCUGUUUUUGUUCUGUUGUUUUGUGGUGGUGUAUUUGUUUUCUGGAAGAAAUUUUUGACAGGGCCUCUCUUGUAUAGGAUUGCCAAAUCAUGGGUUUUGUUUUUUGUCAUUGUGUUGUGUUAUCCUGUGUUGGUUAUAUUGAAUGACAGAAUGUUUUGAUAGGGCCCUGUCUGUGCCUCACUGGAAUUAUAUGUAUUUUUGAAGUUGUGAAUAAAUAGAUAGACUCAUGUUUUUUAAAGUUCAGUUGAUUCCCCAUAAUAUGGUCCAUUUAAGUGCAUCCCUAAUAUAUGAUAUAGCUCUCAACUAAUAGGUGCAAUUGAGGAAAUCAGCUUUAUUUUUUUGACGUGACAUGCUUAUUUAUAAAAGGAAUGUUUCUGAGUGCAAGUGCCUGAAAGAUCUUUGUUUGGUAUGAUUGUUUUUUCACACAAUUUUAUAGUGUAUCUUUGACCAUUUGUGCUUUUAUGGUAUGUGUGUAACCUUGUAUUUUUCAAUUGGCGAGUCACUUAACUUUUUCAUAUUUGCGUAAUGGCCAAAAGGCUUGCAAAUCUGUAUUUAAUUGCAUUUUAAUUAAUUGCCAGAUUUUACACGUGAGAGGCAGUUGAAUUGUACAAAGAAAAUGCACUUAAACAUGUUUCCAAAUUGUAUAGUUCAGUCAUGUCUUAUUUGGUUUUAGCUAUUAUACAUUUAGUAAUUUUCACUUCUCGGCUUUGUUCUGCAUAAACUUUUGUUGUUCAACAGCUCUGAACCUUUUGGUAUUUUAUAUAAUAGUCCAAAACAGUGUUUUAAAAUUCAGUGCCUUUCCUUUUAAUAUUGUCUGGGAUUUUCUUUAAAAAAAAAAACCUUUCUUUUGUAUGAAGUGUUUUCACUUAUGAAUAAUUUUAUGUACUUUUUCUACCUGAGUUUAUAACCAUUGACAAUGUAUGUUUCAUCUGAAUCAUACAAAGAUUUAUUUAAGUUGAUUCUAAGUAUAAUUCAAUAAGCCUCAUUGUUUGGAAUUUGAGAGGAGGUAUAGAUGAUUGGAUAUAUUUCAUUUAUAAAAUUCCUAGUUUUUGGAACUAGUAUAGUUCUGUUAUUUUCUUGGUUUUGUCGUUUUGCGUAAAAUAGGAUAUAAAAGGGACAAAAAAAUAAAAUAGCCUCUUUUUAUAUGUGUGAAUUAUAUUUGUAACAAAUGCUUUUGUAUGACCAUGUUAUACUUGAUAAAAAAUAUAUACAUUAACCUGUUAAAUUA